GGUUUAUAAAGUGAUUUUGUAUAGAGAGAGAGAGAGAGAGAAAAAAAAAACGUAAGUAGAGUGUAGACAAAGAAAAAGACGAGGGAGAAUCUAGAAGAAAGAUAGAAAAAGUAUGAUUGGCAGACCAGUAGUACACCAAUUUAGUAAAGCGGACGCACAAACUAGACCAGACAUGUGGGGUCCACCCUGUCCCCACCACUACCACCCUCUUUCUUUUCUUUUCUUUCCUUUCAUUUCUCCUUCUUCAACUUCACAAUUCUCCUCACCUAACCAUUUAUUACGCUCUCUUCUCUUCAAAUUCAUCUACCACCCUUUUGCUUCUCUUCAAAAUUUCUUCAUAAAAAUCUAAUUUUUUGACUACCCAUUUGGUUUAAUUUUGGUGGGUCAUGUCAAGUGUCUCUAAAGAUGAAAACUUGGCACUUUCUUCUGAGGAUUCUUCUAGCCCAGAUGAGUCUGAGCUUGAAUUGGGUCUUGGGUUAAGCCUUUCUCACCCAACAAAAUCACACCAGUACCAUCAUCAUAAUCACCAUGGUUCUUAUGCUAGAAUUUUCACUGCUAAGGAUUUUUCUUCUUCACCUUCUUCUGUUGGUACCAAAAGACCUGCUGAUUCUCUUGAUGCUACCAACCGUCCCAGUCAAGUAGUUGGAUGGCCUCCACUUCGAACAUAUCGAGUGAAUAGCUUUAAUGCCAACACUAAAUCAACCGAAGCAUUCAACUCUGUGGCCGAGAAGAGCAAGAACAAUAAUACUUCUGUAAGGAAGAGUGCUGACAAUGGAAAUGAUGAUAACAAUGUUAAUAUCAAAGAAAAAAGACACCUCAGGAAUUCCCCAUUUGUCAAAGUAAAAAUGGAUGGAAUACCGAUUGGAAGAAAGAUUGAUUUGAGUGCUCACAGUUCAUAUGAAACAUUGGCACAAACAUUGGAGGACAUGUUUGAUGAAUCAACUACAAAUGUCACUUGCAAAGGAUCAAAUGGGGAGGACCACAACAUGACUAUCAGAAGAGAAAGGCAUUCAAUACUGUUGGAUGGAUCUUCCAAGUUUGUACUCACUUAUGAAGACAAGGAAGGAGAUUGGAUGCUUGUUGGAGAUGUUCCUUGGGGGAUGUUCCUUAGUUCGGUAAGGAGGCUAAGAAUCAUGAGGACAUCUGAGGCUAAUGGACUUGCACCGAGAUUGGAAGAAAAGAAUAGCAGACAGAAAAGCAAGCCCAUAUAAAUAUUGUUUUCAUGGCUAAGGAUAACAGGAACUUACUUAUCCACCUUAUUAUAUGUAAUAACACUAAUAGGAGGAGGAGGAAAAACAGAAAGAAAGAAGAAAAAAAGUAAAGUACAGCAAGUAAAUGGAUUUUGAGAUAAAUGAUCAAAUCUUGUGUUUUUUUUUUUUUGGCUUUCCUGAUUCAGUUUUUGUUUGUUUAACUUGGUAUAUCUAUCAUUGCCUCUAUACAUCAUCACUUGGAUGAUGCAGGCAUCAUAAAUUUUAAUGUAAUACUUACUAAUCAUACAAGUCAGUCUAUGUCUUGAUGCUAUGUAAAUGUGAGGUGCUUGCUAACUUCCCCAGCCA